CAAGGAUCAAGAAAAAUGGUGAAGGAAACUGAGUACUAUGAUGUUCUUGGUGUUAGUCCAUCAGCUUCCGAGGAGGAGAUUCGAAAAGCUUAUUAUCUUAAGGCAAGGCAAGUUCAUCCAGACAAAAAUCCAAAUGAUCCUCACGCUGCUGAUAGAUUUCAGGUAUUAGGUGAAGCUUAUCAAGUUCUGAGUGAUCCUGUUCAAAGAGACGCAUAUGAUCGAAAUGGAAAAUACAGCAUAUCGAGGGAAACCAUGCUUGAUCCAACAGCAGUCUUUGCUCUUCUCUUUGGAAGUGAAUUAUUUGAGGACUACAUAGGACAUCUUGCUGUUGCAUCUAUGGCAUCUUCAGAACUAGCCGGUGAAACAGACAAUCCUGAAAAACUGCAUGAUAAGUUGAAGGCUGUUCAAAAGGAAAGAGAAGAAAAGCUAGCAAGAUCAUUAAAAGAUUUUGUUAGCCAAUAUGUCCAAGGUGAUAAAGAUGGAUUCUUUCAGCAUGCAGAAUCUGAAGCUAGACGGCUGUCUGAUACUGCUUUUGGAGUUGAUAUAUUACAAACUAUUGGCUACAUAUACUCAAGACAGGCAGCCCAAGAGCUUGGAAAGAAAGCAAUCUAUCUUGGUGUACCGUUUUUAGCUGAGUGGGUUCGCCACAAGGGACAUUUCUGGAAGUCACAGAUUACUGCAGCAAAAGGCGCUUUUCAGUUACUGCAACUUCAAGAAGACAUCCGCCGGCAAUUUAAAAGGGAUGCUAGUGUCCCUCGAAAUGAUGUUGAAUCACAUAUACGCUUAAAUAAGGAAACUUUGAUGAACUCAUUGUGGAAAUUGAAUGUCGUGGAUAUAGAAGUAACCCUUGUACAUGUGUGCCAAAUGGUGCUGCGAGAAAAUAAUGUCAAGAAGGAGGAACUCAAAACUAGAGCUCUGGCUCUGAAAAUGCUUGGGAAGAUAUUUCAGGAACAACAAGCUCAAAAUGGUGGAACAUCAAGGAGGAAAAAUGUUGCUGAAAUAGAUGAUGAUGAUGAUGACGGAAGCAGUUCCGACGGCAGCAGUGAAGAGGAGUCACCUAGAGCACUUUCGUACCGAACUCCUUUUCUCACUCAGGGUAUUGGUAGACUCUUCAGAUGCCUCUGUAACCCAGCAUUUGAUGUGGAUGAUGAUGAAAUUGUGUUCAAAAGCAAAUGAUUGCAUGUGUAUGUUUGUAAAUUAGCGUUAUCGGACGGUGGCACUAUCAAUUUCUUGCCCCAAAAUGUCAUAAAAACGAAGACGUUUUCUUGCAACACCAUAUUCCUUGCUGAUGACUGUCAAAAUUUGUGCUUGAUUUCUCACUAAAAUGAAAAAAGAAAAGAAAAAGAAAAACUAAGGAAAAGAAUACUCUCUGCAAAGACUUUUAAUAGUUUGGGAU